GGCGGUCUCUCAACUGGCCCAAGCAUAUCAAAAAGCACGCGAAAUAAAAAAACGCAAGGACGCACUGGAGAAGGAGGAAGAGGCAAAAGGCAGACACGCAAGAAUGAGAGGCAUUGUCAGCGGGACGUCCUUGAAACUCGGAGCUGGCUUUAAGGCUGAAGCAUUUGGGGCUGGAGACGACGACAACGAAGACCUGGCCAUUAGGCGAAAGAGGUACGAGGCAAUCCGUGCAAGAAUAUUGGCAAAUGAAGGUAAAGAACAAACUUGCACGACUCCUCAAUGGGGAAGUACCACACCGCAAUUUACACAGCAGCCACGAGAAGGGGAACAGGAACAGUCUACUCCACAUAAAAAUAAGUCUAGUCCUAGUGUUGAUAGUGAAGAAGGUUCAGACACCUCAAAUAUGAAUUGCCCUGGUCGUGGUGCGCGGGACAACUACCAGCAGACAACUGCUCAGGGUGGGCCGAUAAGUCGACUCUUCGCUGCUCCACCAGAGCUUUCGAGUGUUGGUGAAGCUCCGAAAAGUAAAAUGCGACUCUCCGUUAUUGAUGAAAAUGCUGAGAAACUUUAUGGAAGAAGAACAAGCCAUGAAGCCCAAGGACAAGAUUCUACGGCACCUAAGAAAGAACUUCGACGCGUUCAUUCGAAUGCGUCAUCAGUCGAGCCAGGCGACAGUGACGCAGCUUCUGUAGGCUCUGCCCUGGUAUUGGCUGAAUCAACUCCGAGACCAUCAAACGCAGAAAAAGAAGCAACGGUGGUACUAGCAGAAGACAAACCAGGAGAGGAGUCUUCCUCCAAAAAGCCAGCUUUAGUACCAGAGAUGCUAACCCUAAGUCCACGCGAAGCUUUCGAGUUGGACUUGCAGGAAUGUAUUGAAGAGUUAACGCACAUCAAAUUUCUCGAAUGGAAACGACCGAAAGGCGCGGACGCAGAUAUCUUCGAUGCAUGUCGAGAACAACACCAGCAGGCACAAGCUCUUGCAAUGACGAGAUGUUGUACUAGUGAAACUUACUACUGUAACUACGAUGAUGAAAAUUUGGUACUGGAAGAAUUCUACCCAGAGACGUCGUUUCAGAUAUUGGAGCGUGGUAGCACUACUCGGUCAGAAAGAAGAGGAAACCAACACGCAAACGACACGGGGAAUGGCGAUGUUGUCGAGAUGAACAAAUACAACGAAGAAGGAGUCGAACUGCAACGACAGUCCUCACUGAAUAGCGAGGGCAACAAGUCUCUGAACAGCGAAGGCAACGAGUCUGAAUUACAGGAGCGAAUGCGAUUAUACUGCUCCAACGUAGGGGAUGCUUGUGCAUUCAGCAGUAUGGAGACGAAAAAAGCAGCCCUUCUCCAUGAGGAGUUGGACCACGCACGUGAAGAUGGAAUUUCUUUGUGCUGUGACUUGCACUGUCUCUAUCUUUGCGUCCCUGUAGACGCGUGCUUGGACAUCGGACCGAAGAUCGACUGGCACAACUAUUUUAUUAAGGCUAGCUAAGUUGAUGAAGUUCUUCUCACCUGCACUUCUAGCACUUGCUUCUCAGCUUGACCACCCAUUUCCACUAAGCUUUUUAUGUCCGAGCACACAAACAAAAAGAGUUUGUAAUGAUGAGAAGAUACAAGAACAAGACAUUUUCAAAAUGAUCCAACAAGUGAGGUUGUUCUAAUCCCAAACUAAUGCAAAAAUUUUCCUCUGUGGAAAUGGAGGUAGUGCAUCGGGUGGGACUAAACGCGGCGUUUAUGAAAGAGCUGGCCGAGCAGAGUCAUCGUAAUGGAUCGUCUCGCGAAAUGCAGAUUCUCGUUAGGAACGAACUUUUAGCCUAUAUGGAUAACGACCGGAGCGUGAGUUCCCUAAUGGCUAUGGGAGGCUUUGCUGGAGGAGGAGGACAUGGUGGAAAAAGUGUGAAGAGGAAUAAGAACCUAUGAAAACCAAAACUAUUGCUGCUAUGCAAUUUGUGUAAGAUCUUCAUGUAGCUGUACCAAAUGCAAAUUCUUGAUUAGCAACAUUAUUUACAAUUCAGUGAAGAUUGAGUCAAAAUUGGAUUCCUUUUGCAGGUCAUUAUCUCUUUUCAAUAUGACAUCAAUUGGCUUCUGCUACAACUUGUACUUCUCCCGCUCAAGGAGCUCAGACAUUAGUAAAAUAAGGCUUGUUAAUUAUGAUUGUCUCCUUUCCUUUCCCAUUUCAUGAGAAUCCUCCAGUUUGGCUGCGUUACAUGAGCGACAACAGGCAGACAAGAUGGGGAUUUCUCAACAUCACAAUCCUUCAAAAGCAUCCUCUUCCCCGUCCAGUUCAUCAAGUUCGGCCACCUACAUUGAGCGGAUUAUCAAGCAUAUCCGCUUCUAUUGUGCCAUGGUGCUGUAUUCUCUGAUCCGUGAGGUAUGGGUGGACAGGAUGAGGCUGAUUACCAACAUAACAUCGGACAGCUGUCGAAGAACUGAUUACAGCUGAUGACAUUGACAGCUGUCUACAAAAAUAGAAAGUAUCGAUUUGACAACAAAGUCUUACUGCUCAUGUUCAACAUCUUUUCUCACCCGCCGCCGUAGUCCUAUCCUGGUUAACAGCCGAAGCCGUAUCCAUUUCCAUUUAUUCCUUUCCCCGUUUCACAACAAACACCGCUGCAAAACAUCGUGAAAAUCUUCAAGGGCGUGACGAAAGCGGAUGUGCAGGAACUCAAGAAGAAUAGCGGAAUGUACUGUGGCACCAUCGUGGCCUUCUGCGAUCGACUUCGAUGGUGGCCAUUCCGUGUGCUUUUUGAACGAUUACAGUUAUGGCUGGUGAUAUUUCAUCGGUUUUCUUCUCCGAGCUUGCGAUUUCUUCCUUCUCAUUCCUCAUGCGUUUUUUCACCAAACCAUUACGAAACUGAAGCUUUCAAUCCGAUUCUAACUUCCCCUCGCAUGUCUUUUGCGGCGCCGCCUGAGCUGCAGCCUUUUGUCGCCAUCGACCUCCCGCCUCCGCGUGCGCGAGCCUUCUUUGAUGAGGGAUGGACUGUCGAGAAAAUCGCGAACGCCUCAUCGUGGAGAAAACUUGCAAAGGUUUUUUUGAAGGAUAUUAUGACGUCGCUGUUAUUCUUAUAAAUAUUUAUAUUGUAUCUAUUUGUCAGCUUUGUCGAUACAAGACAAUGUGGAGGAAGUCUAAAAAGUGGGAGUACAGGAACCUACAACAACAUCUAGAGCAGUAUCUUUAAAUUUCCCUCGUCUUUUGCGUUCCAAAUGACGCCUAUUUCAAGAACUCAACAAGAACUCAAAAUUUCCUCACUUCCUCCUCACUUCCUCUAAAAAUAAAAAUACCAACAACAACACGCAAUCUCAAGCUUUUCGCGGAGAAAGCUUGCAGGCUUAUUGUGAGCAGAUUCAACGGAACGCGCAAACCCGAAUUACUGAGGAACAACAAGAAAUCUUUGACGAAUACGGAAGUGAUGACUCGUCUUCGGAUGAUGAGGAUAGGGCGGAGGAUGCUGCUUACGAGCUCAAAGCUGCCACGCGCAAGUGGUGGUGUAAAAAUGACUGA